AAACCCUUCCACUCUCUCCUCCUAUAAAUAGCCUCUCUUCUCUUCUUCCUCUACCUCACUCCAUUCUUCUUCUCUUCCUCGUCGGAUUCUUACUUCUUUCUCUGUUCUUCGCAGCCAUGGCUUCUGCUGAGGUGGUAUCGGCUCCGGUGGUCGUUGAGGUUACGGUGGAAGCUCCCGACGAUGCCAAGGUGGUCGUUGUGGAGGCGGAGGCCAAUGCGCCCGCGGGGGAGGCCGAGGAAGUCGGAGAAGGAGCCGAUGAGCCCGCGGCGGAGGACGCCGUCGCGGCGCCGGAGGAGAAGGCUGUUGCCGAAGAGGAAGCGGCGGGCGAGGUUGAACAGCUGGCGGCUGAAGCAGAGGCUCCUCCGGAGGCGGAGGAGUCCACUGUAGAAGAACCAGAGCCUGCAGCAGCGACGCCGGAGGUGGCGGUGCCGGCGGUGCCGGCGGCGGCGGAGGGGAUCGCGAAGGAAGGCGAUGAGGCGGCGGAGGAGACGGUGGCGGCGGCACCGGAGGAGGAGUGAGAUUAGUGGCGAGGUGUGAGGGCGUGCUUGCUCUUUAUUAUAAUAACAGGGGAAGAUUAAUAGUGUUAUUAGAUUAAUUAAGUGAUGUUUAAUUGUAUUAAUUGCGAGUUGUGAGAGUGGUUUAUGUUGCUGCUUACUUUUUUUAUCAUUCUCUCUUCGUUUUAUAUAUAUAUAUAUUAAUCAUGUUUAGAUUUAAA